AAGCCAUUAUUAGAACUUAAACAGUUACAACCUCUUUUGUCAACAUAUAUCUCAAGCACCUAUACGUCUGACAUCAUAUUAUUUUUGGAAAGUUUUAACUUAAAGUGGUUUAAGCUCAAAGUUUGGAAAAGUACUUUCCUAACAUUAACGCUUAACGCACAGACUAUACUGUUAUAACGAAUCCUCAUCAUAACGAACCUAAACCCUUGUAAAAGUUAAUUUGUUAUGGCUAGUUUUUACUGUAGUACCUCUGGAAGUACCUACCUAAAAUACCAGGACCCGGCCAGUGCCAGGCCGGCAAUGGUGGGUGAAAUUGGACGGGAGGAAAGAGCGGCCGACCCACAAGGGGACCCGAACAUUCCUCGACAAUCCGCCGAAACCUUCCUGCAGCGUCAGCUCAAACGCCAACAAUAACCAACACAACGCGACGACCUUCGCAACGGCCUACAUAUCUGCUCAGCUCCCUCUUCACGAACUCGACCUUAAAUGAUAGGCCGCCGAUGGCAGGACAACAGAACAGAAAGCGACAGCGCGCUGACGAGCCCCCGCCGUCCAAUAUCGAACCUCCAACGAAGAAGGCUAAGACAAGAAUCGAGACCGAGCGCAAGGCUUGGGAGUCCCGGGAAAACCACCCUAAGUUCUACGACAGAUUGUCUAAGAUAAGCCUUACACAUGGAGCAUUGAAAGAGUUAAACAGAAGAACCCGCUCCCAUGGCUCCCAUGGCUCCCAUCCCUCUCCUCCGGCCCACCCCAUUACCGACACUCUUACUUGCAUCAGACCCCCUCUAGAGCUGGUUAGGUUUUCAAGACACGGUGGUCCAGACUUGCAUGAUCUUCGAGGAUACCCGCACCCACUAACCGAUCAUCCACAUCAUAUCGACAUGAUCGCGAGCCGUUCUUCACGAAGCCGGAACACCCGGAACACCCGGUCCAUAGAUCCAGCCUCGACUCCCCCUACUACAACGACAGCAAAGACCAAGAAGUCGACUCCAUAUGACCGCAACUUCGAUCUUCAUUUGACUAACCAUGGUGUCCAUCAAAUAUAUACCUCAGAAGAGCCAGACUUGGAGGACAUCACGGCGGCAUUGUCCAAACCGAGACCGUCACUCUCACCUUCGAGGUUCUCUGACGGUGCGUUCAAGGCAUUUCAGCAAAAUGAUGUCCAAGCAAGAGACGAAGACGAUGUGUUGGCCACUGUCAUCCCGACGAUUCUUGGUACGAGCCAAUCUAGCCGCAAUUGCGCUAGAAACACGGUGUUCAGUGCUCUUGAGCCACUCACAGACGGUACGAUUACGGCCGCCCAACCGGACAUUUACUGGGGUGCGUAUCCCGAAGAGUUGAUUCCGUCAGUCCGCAACGAACUUGCUGGCCAUAUUGUCCCGUCGACGAUGCUCGAGAAACCGAUGGCGCCUAACGUCUUCAUGGAAGCCAAAGGCCCGGAUGGCAGUGUAGCUGUGGCAACACGACAAGUUCGUUAUGACGGGGCGAUCGGGGCACGUGCUAUGCACAGUCUGCAAAACUACGGAGUAGAGGAGCCACAGUACGACGGCAAGCCGUACACGUUCAGCUUCCUCUACCACAACGGCCAGCUCAAGAAAUACAGCCACCAUAUGACGGCGCCGACGACAGAGGGAGGGCGGCCCGAGUAUCAUAUGAGUCAGGUUGGUUCAUUCGCCAUGACGCACAGGCGUGACAGAUUUGUUGAGGGAGCCACCGACUUCAGAAACACCCUAGACUUGGCUAAGACGUACCGAGGGAACUUCAUCCGGGAUGCAAAUGCUAGGGAAUCUCAAGUGCAGACCGUCGCCGGUCGACGGUACAAUACAACCGAGAUGCAGUCUACAGAAGACUCGGCUGAUGAACUAGCACCUACUCCUCCCUACUACGGGACCCAAGCACAGCACGAGGAGGAAUCACCUGACGAAUUAGCGCCUUCUCCUUCUGGUUAUCUAUAUGAGGAUGACGAUUCACAAGAUCCGACCGGUAUGCCAUCAACAGGCAUCACAACAAGCUUCACGUCAAGCUUCAGCCCUGAUCAGACCCGGUCCAAAAGACAGCGUAGUCCCCAUUCUCAGGUCGCAGAAUACCAUGCACCGAAAACCCGAUCACGCGGCACAAGAAGCGUCGAGCCAUCCGGUUCCACGCGAGGAGCAGCAUCGGUGAGCCCAGCCGAAUCCUUCCAAGUGCGGACGUACUGGAAGAAAGAGAGACUUUGUUUCUUGAAUAGCCAACAAGAAGAGGUCAAGACGAAAGCAAAGGAUUGGGUAGAGCAAGUGUCGCAUGAUGGGAGCAAGUAUUUCUACUCGCAAGGUCCCAAAUCCAGAGGGAUGUUUUGGACAACCACACUGGCUAAAAAACCUGAGAAAAAAAUGAAGCGGUAAUGUGAGCAUAGGAUGCAGCAGGUAUGAAGGAUGAGAUGUAUACUAGUAAACUCUAAUCGAGAGUAUAAGAAGAUCUGUCAGAUUAUUCCUUUUCAAUUAAGCUCGUUUACUACAAAAGACUAGGUCUAGCAGGUAAUUAGAA